AUGAACAGAGGACCUAAAAGACAAGCUGUCAGCUCCCCCUCUCCGCCUCCUGCAUUGGUAAGCGAUAAAGAUGAACUUCGCUGCAUCAUAAAAGAAAUAAUUAAGGAGGAAUUUAGUGAAAUGUUAACGCAUCUUAAUAAAACGGUAAUCAGCACGAUCAACCAAGAAUUAUUACCAAUUAAGGAAGAAAUAGAAGGAAUUCGAGAAUCUAUGUUCUUCAUGAAUGCUAAAUUCGAAGAUUUAAAAAAGGGACAUGAAUCCUCAAAGGAAACAGUCAAGAAGUUAGAGCAGGAAAACCAAGAACUCAAAACCACAGUAGUGGAGCUCAAUGAGCGACUAAAUAAUUUGGAACAGCAGUCACGAUCAAAUAAUUUAGAAGUUCAAUGUGUGCCGGAAAACAAAAAUGAAAAUGUGUACAGCAUAAUCGCUCAAUUGGCUCGCGUAGUAAACUGCGACAUUAGCGAGAAGGAUGUCGUGCACUGCACACGUAUUGCUAAGACCAAUUCAUCCAGCACCCGCCCUCGUUCCAUAAUCGUGCAAUUAUCUACAAUUAGAAAACGAGAUGAACUGCUGGCAGCAACGAUUAAAUAUAAUAAAACUAACCCUCAAGAUAAACUUAACUGCUCACAUCUGGGUUACGCUGGCCCAAUAACUCCUGUAUACGUAGCAGAACAUCUGUCGCCUACUAAUAGAGCACUCCACGCAGCUACGAGGAUCAAAGCCAAGGAGAAGAAUUACAAAUACAUAUGGGUCAGAAACGGUCGGAUAUUUGUGAGAAAAACUGAUGGCGAAGAAGUCCUACAAAUUAAGACUAAAAAUGGACUAAGUAAAAUCAUAUAG